AAUUUAAAGGUUCACAUACUUACAAAAAAUAAUGAAAAUAAAAUUUGAAUUGUAAUUUAAUAAAAAAAAUAUUUUUUGUCAAACCCCGGUUCGGACAUAAACCCUUUUGCAACAUUUCAACGAACCGAGUAUGUCAGGCAGGGGAAAUUUGCUGAGUUUAUUCAAUCAAGAGACUCGCACAUCGGAAAUUUCAUCUACAAGUGAUGAUCAUGAAAUCGACAGUGGCUUGGACGUGGACCAUUCUGGAUCAACACUUAAACAUUUCGGUCGGUCGUGGGCGUGCCCAGCUUAUAAAUACGUUAAAAAGAGACGAAACCACAUUAGGAGAAAUCAUUCCUAAUGAUUAUAUGUUACAAUUAAAAGAUAGUGUUGAAACAAAUUUUAAAUCAACGGAAUUGGAGCCAAGUACUGCCAAAAAUGAUUUUUUUUAUCCCAGUUCAGUUCACGGAUCAAAAGGUUCAUCUGUAAAUUUAUCUUGUAAUUACUUAGAGCUUACGACGGAUAAAUCAAAAGGGGUUUUUAAUUACGAAGUGCGUUUUUUUCCACCUGUGGAUUCUGUUCAUUUAAGAUUAAAAAUUUUAAACGAUCAUAAUGAUAAGCUCGGAGGAACCAAAACAUUCGACGGAAACACCUUAUAUUUACCAAUCUUGUUACCAAAUCAGAUGACCGUUUUUGUUUCAAAGGUGGAAAACGUUGAAUUGCAGAUUCGUAUUUUGUUCAAAAAAAAGGAGGCUCUUGCGAAUUGCACUCAUUUAUAUAAUGUUUUAUUUGAUAGGGUCAUGAAAACAUUAAAUUAUGUAAAAUUUGAUCGGAAACAAUUUGACCCCUCUCGUCCAAAAAUUAUACCGUUGGCAAAGCUAGAAGUUUGGCCAGGCUAUGUUACAGCCGUAGAUGAACACGAAGGUGGUUUAAUGCUUUGCUGUGACGUUUCACAUCGAAUACUAUGUCAAAAAACAGUUUUAGAAAUGCUGGUGGAUAUAUACAAGCAAAACGCACACCAUUAUCAAGAAUGCGCUAAAAAGACGUUGAUUGGAAAUAUAGUCUUAACAAGAUAUAAUAAUCGUACUUAUAAAAUAAAUGAGAUUUGCUUCGAUCAAAGUCCGAAGUCUGAGUUUCUUGCCAAAACUGGAGCCACAAGUUAUAUAGAAUAUUACAAACAAUAUCACAACAUAAACAUAAUAGAUAUUAAUCAACCAUUGCUUCUAAGUAUAAAGAAAUCAAGAACAAGCAUUGAAGACAACGAAAGCAUACAGUUCUGUUUAAUUCCUGAACUGUGUUAUCUUACCGGACUUCGAGAUGAUAUUCGUUCAGAUCAUAAACUUAUGCGUGAAAUCGCAACAUUUACAAGAGUGUCACCAAAUCAACGGCAACUGGCGUUAAACAAGUUUUACGACAAUGUUUCCAAAACUACUGCUGCUCGAGAUAUUCUGAACAGUUGGGGUCUUUCACUUACCAAAAAUUUAAACAAGCUAAAAGGACGACAAAUGGACGCAGAACCAAUUUAUUUUUUAAAAACGUCUGUGUCAGCAGGAAAAAAUGCAGAGUUUUCCAAACACGCUGUCAGCAAUGAAAUGUUGGAAGUAAUCCACUUAAAUAAAUGGAUAAUAAUACAUUUGAGGAAUGAUACACCAGCUGCAACCAACCUGCUUGAUAAUAUGAAACAAUGUUGUAAGCCACUCGGCAUGAAUGUUGCUAAACCAACAAUGAUUUCUUUAGACUGUGAUCGAGCCGAUGCAUAUAUUCAAGCUUUACGGCGAAAUAUAGCUAUAGAUUCACAAAUUGUCGUCUGUAUUUGUCAUAACAAUAGAGACGAUCGAUAUUCUGCCGUAAAAAAAAUUUGUUGCUCGGAAUUACCAACACCAUCACAGGUUAUAAAUGCAAAGACCUUAUUAAAUGAAUCGAAAAAUCGCUCUGUUGUACAAAAAAUUGUGUUACAAAUGAACUGUAAAAUUGGUGGAUCGUUAUGGACGGUCAAAAUACCCUUUAAAAAUGUAAUGGUUUGCGGUAUCGACUCCUAUCAUGACUCAUCCAACCGGGGAAAUUCUGUUGCUGGUAAGAUUAUGAAAUCGUAG